AUGAUGUCCUACCUGAGGCUAUUCUGCGACCGCCAUCUUUGUAUCCGCUGGCAACCCACACUGUCCGGAAGCUUGUGCAUAUUGGGCAACAAGCCGAUCUUUCACGUACACGAAGUUUUCCCGCCAUUGAUGUAUGUUGUCCUUUCUAAUUGCGAUUGUAGGACCCAGGUGCUGUGCUCAAGUUUAAAUUUACGACUAAAAAGGAAGUUACAUUCCACACGUUUAUCUGGCGACGUAAAAGAUGGUUCUGCUGGCUUGACCGUUGAUGGUGCAGCGCUAAACAACAAA